AUGAAGGACGCAGAAACAGGUCAGCCUCAGUCGGUGGCCAAAGCCAGAUCGAGGUCCUUCGAUCACCAUGAGUACGGCGCAUACACUCCCGAUGUUGCACUCAUUGAGGCUGCCGCCGCAGCCAGUGAUGAGGAAGCCCAACUCUCCCGGAAGGAGCUGUUCUCCAAGUACUGGCCAGCAGUGGUUUAUUCUACGCUCUUGAGUCUGGCCCUCGUCAUGGAGGGCAUGGAUGUCGGCCUCAUCAACAACUUCUUUGGACACACCGCCUACUUAAACAAGUUCGGCUGGCCAGACGCCAACGGCAUACAGCAUAUUCCCACAUCAUGGCAGGCGGCUAUCGGCAACGGCAACAAUCUUGGCAGUAUUGUUGGCCUACUACUGAAUGGUUGGCUGCAGUCCCGCUACGGCUCACGAAAAGUUUACAUGGGAGCAAUGGCUCUUAUGGGUUGCACCAUCUUCGCCCUCUUUUUCUCUGUCAACGUCCAGAUGCUCUUUGCAGCCAACAUUCUUUGCGGUAUCCCAUGGGGCAUCUUUCAGACACUCACCACCGCCUAUGCCGCUGAAAUUUGUCCUGCGGCUCUACGUGGAUACCUUACCGCUUGGGUGUCUAUGUGCUGGGGUGCCGGAUCAUUCUUGGCCGCCGGUGUUCUGCGUGGCUCUCUGAAUCUUCCUGGUGAUCUGGGAUGGCGGGUUCCCUAUGCCCUGCAAUGGGUGUGGAUUCUGCCUCUGAUCCUUGUGGGCUUCCUUGCUCCCGAAAGUCCAUGGUACCUUGUCCGCCGCGGCAAAUUGGAAGAGGCCGAGAAAUCUUUGCGUCGUCUCGCGUGCAAGAACCACUACACAGAAGAGACAAUGGCGCAGACGCUAGCAUUGAUGAAGCACACCAACGAAAUGGAAAAGAUAGAAGCGGAGAGCGCAAGCUACCGCGACUGUUUUCGAGGAACCAACUUGCGUCGCACCGGGAUUGUGUGCAUGGCAUGGGUCAUUCAAAUUUUGAACGGUCAGUCCAUCUGCACGUACGCCACCGUCUUCCUCAAAGCCGCCGGCAUGCCCGAGGUCCAGGCAUUCAACUACAGCAUGGGCAUUCAAUCAGUCAAUAUUGUCGGUACAGGAGUCGCCAUCUUUCUGAUGGGAAAGGUCGGGCGUCGUAUUUUCUACCUCUACGGCUCUUCCAUCAUCGGCGGUGCUAUGUUGGUGAUCGGAAUCAUGGGCUUCGUGCCAGGCGCAAAGAACGUGGCCUUGGCCGUCGCCGUGGUAUUGAUCAUUGUCAAUCUGACGUUCAAGACGUCUCUGGGGCCGACGUGCUAUGUCAUCGUGGCAGAAACAUCCUCCAGCCGUGUUCGUGCCCAGACAAUCGUCCUCGGCCGCGCCAUUUACGUAUGUGGCCAAGUCAUUGUACAGCAGCUCAACCCGCGCAUGUUGAACGACACCGCGGACGCGUGGAACUGGGGUGCAAAGGCCGGCAUGUUUUACUUUGGUUUGUGCCUUAUCUGGGCCGUCUGGAUUUUCUUCUUCCUGCCCGAGACGAAGAACCGGACUUUCGCAGAGCUGGACUAUCUGUUCCAGAAGAAAAUCUCGGCACGCAAGUUUGCCACAGCUCCCAUUGACUUGUUUGAAUUCACCGGCGGCGAUAAGCUACAGGAUAAUGCUGAGGACAUUCCAAGAGAGAAGACUCUGUAG